AUGAGUGCGAAAGCUUACAGUCGAUCGAUGGGUUCUCAUGAACAUUCAUUUCAUCCAUCGGAUGAAAUAAUUGGUGAGUCAAAUCAAGUCACAUAUUUAAAGAAAAUGGAGAACGUCUGUUUUGAAAAAGCAUCACGACUAUUAAUGGUUGGCGGUGGUUGUUUAUUAAUUGUCUUGAUAUUUGGAAUUAUUCUUUGUCGUUUAGAUAUAUCGGCUGGCAAGAGACGACGAGCACAGAGUUUUCAUCAAGUCGAAAGUUAA